AUGGGUGAUGCCUUCAUAACCGAGGUCAAUGAAGCAGUUGACUAUCUAAGGCGAUGUCAUAGUCCAUCGGGUAAUGAUUUGAAGCGGCUGAAAGAUGUGAAAUCAUUGAAUGAGAUGUCCCAGAUGAUCCGAGCCAAGCUCAAUGAGUCUGAGGAGAUGGAGAUAACCUGUGAAUCCGCUGGACUUCGUCUUAAAGCUCUGAAGAAAAUCUUCUAUGAUGUGGAGGAUGUGCUUGAUGAGUUUCUUUAUCAUGUGCUGCAUCUAAAAUCAGAGGGUGCGACCUUUCCAGUGGAUGACAACCUGGUAAAGGCAGAUGUUAGCAUUCUUGACCAGAAACGUAACCUUAGUCCUUCGAAUAAUCCACAUGGAAAUUUGGUCUUGCUGGAUGAGCUAGCCCAAAAAGCAACGGAUUUGAAGGUAAAACUAGAUAAGCAGAAGAUUGAUUGGGAUGGGAAUGUCCUUGGACUUGCCAAAAUCCAUCAGCAGAAGCCCACCACCGUCCGUCCUCAAAGCACUUCUUUGAUGGGAUCAAGUCGCAUGAUUGGCAGAGGUCACGACUUGGAGACAAUCAAGGGAUUGCUGUUCUCAGAGCUUCAUGGAGAUGGUAAUAUUCCUGUAAUCGCUAUCGUUGGUAUGGGUGGCCUUGGGAAGACUACACUCGCUCAGUUCGUGUACAAUGACACCCAAGUGCAGCAACAUUUCAAUCUGAAGAUUUGGGUCUGCGUCUCUGAAGAAUUUGAUUUGGAGAGGUUGACAAGGGCAAUGCUCGAGUCUUUGGAGGAGAAAAAGUGUGAUCUUACGCAAUUGGAUCCACUUCAGAGAAGGCUGAAGGGAAUUGUUGAGCGAAAAAGGCUUUUGCUUGUGUUUGAUGAUGUCUGGGAACACCAAAAUCUUAAUAUAGAUGCCUGGGAACAACUCUAUAAACCCUUUCUUGGUGUCUCAGAUGGAAGCAAAAUCUUAGUGACUACAAGGAGUAAAAGUUUUUUGGAUAGAGUAAUAAGGGCAGAUAGUGUCCAUCGAUUACCUUAUCUAACAGACAAUGAUUGCUUUAUGCUUUUUAGUCAGCAUGCCUUUGAGGAUCUGAACUCUGACAUAGACCCCACCCUGCUGGAUAUCGGGAAGAAGAUCUCCAAUAACUGCAGAGGUCUACCACUAGCUGCAAAGACUCUUGGAAGCUUACUGCGUGGUCAAGAUGAUGUUGAGGAAUGGAACGAUAUACUGAACAAUAGUGGUAUUUGGCCUACUGAUGACCAAAGUAGCAUUAUGCCCAUACUCCGGUUGAGUUACCAGCAUUUGUCUAUCAACCUCAAAAAAUGUUUUAGGUAUUGUUCUUUGUUCCCAAAAGAUUAUCAGUUUCAGAAGAAGGAACUCAUCAAUAUGUGGAUGGCUCACGGUUAUAUUUCUCGAACCGAACGAAGAAAAAAACAACUAGAAGACAUCGGUGAGGAGUAUAUAAAUGAGCUAGUAUCAAGGUCUUUAUUUGAACAGUUUUAAGAUUAUGAAAUAUUCAUGAUGCAUGACUUGAUCCAUGAUCUGGCGAGAGAUGUUUCACGAGAUGAAUGGUGGAGUGUGGAGGAUGGUGUGUUCUAUGGAAAUAAAGAUGACACUGUUCAGCACUUCUCAGUCAUUUCCACUAUGAAUUAUCCCCGGGAGCAUGUUCAGUGCUCACCACAGAUUCAAUGUCUAUUAUUUUUCAACAGCAUGCUAAGUUGGCCCGAUGUGAAAGAUUUAUGCAGCAGAAUGAAGCAGCUGAGAGUUCUUAAUAUGAGUUAUACAGGAAUAUUGAUCCUUCCUGAGUGCAUUGGUGAUUUGAAACACCUACGUUUCCUUAGUGUUCAAGGUAACAAAAUCACUGAGCUGCCUGAAACCUUUGGGAGUCUAUAUCUCCUGGAAACACUAAACUUGAAUUAUACUAAGAUUGAAGUUUUGCCUGAUUCCAUUUGCCUCCUGAAACGACUGCAUUAUCUUGGUCUUCGUGGUACCUGGAUUGAGUAUUUGCCAGAAUCACUAGGGAUGCUCGACCAGCAUUACACACUGGAUGUGGAAUUCUGUAAGAUUUACUCUCUCCCGGAUAGUAUAUCGAAUCUGCCAAGUCUGAGGCGGCUCAUCUGCAAUGAUGGCAUUGAAUUUUCCUUGGCUAUCGGAAAACUGACUGAACUACGCGGCCGUCAUUUUAUAGUCAAAGAGUUUACUGACUUGGUUGAUGUGGACGAGGCAAAGAAGGUAUCUUGGGACAGCAGGGAGCAUCUUCAGGUCUUAUCUUUGCACUGGAAAGAAAAGAAAUCUCCUAUGGCCCAUCGUAUACAUGGGAAGGUGUUGGAAAGCCUUGGGCCUUAUCCAAACCUCAGGCAACUCUACAUGCGUGGUUUUGAGGGAGAUUCUCUUCCAUCUUGGAUAAGAGAUCCUAGGUACUUUUGUGCCCUCAACCGCAUUGAAUUAAUUAGAUGCGAAUAGUUGACUUCACUCCGACCUCUUGAGAAGUUUCCAUGUCUGAGGUAUGUGUACAUUGAGUCAGCCAAAAGACUACAAAGUAUGUUCUCUGAGUUACCACAGAAUGGUGUCGACGUUGGUGAAAGGCCUUCUCCCCUCCGCACACUUGCUAUUGUUGAUUGUCCAAAUGUGUCAUUCUUAUCUGAAGUCAAUUUCAAUGCUCUCCGAGUUCUAAAGAUUAUCGGAUGUCAUCAGCUCGAAAUUUCGCACCUUAGCGGGCUUGCAUCUCUCCAGCAUCUGUCCAUCAUAAAUUUCCAUCAAGAUAUUGGGAAAGACUUUUCGUGUGGAGGGUUUCUACUACUGGAAAGACUAUAUCUGGAAGAUUUGCCCAAUUGGUGUUCAUGGGAAGGUCCUCAAGAGGGAGAAUGCCCGAAGCUUCAAGAGCUCUCUGUUGUUGAUUGUCACUCACUGAGUUACUUCUCAAUAAGCUGCCUUCACAGUCUUAAAGACAUCAGCGUGAAGAAUUGUCCACGUUUCAGAUUAAAGUUGUCCAGGUCAAAUAUUGAGAAAUUACUCAGAAUGAACAAGUUCUGCGUGAGGAAUAUAUUCGAAACAGAAGUCACCUCCCAUGGUUACAACGACCUAUAUGAUAUAGUACUAUGGAGUGAAAAACUGUUAUACUCCCAUUUACUGGCCAUCAUACGCGGGAUAAAGCUGUAA